AGGUGAGACAUGCCGUCUGUUUCCGGUAGCACCGGCUCAGAAGGCGGCUCAGCUCUUUGUCCACACGCAACUGACCUGAUAGGGGCAGGAGCUGCUCCAGAUCCAAGGUCGUCCACUGUGGCUGUAGUGGGCCAAAUCACCACCACUGGCCAUAGGUCGCCUGAGAACGGAGGAGGGGACCGUUUCAAUGUCGGCGACGAAUCUCACAAAAAGAGUGGAAAAAACGGGGAGGGGGAGCCGAACCACGGCGAAGGUCCUGAUCAGACCAAAUGGAUCCGCCCAGAUCUGGCCAGCAGAUGCACCUGGCAGCCGGGCGCUCCCAUUUCAGAGUCGCCUCACAGCCAGCCAGGACGCAUGAAACCACCCAGCAUCCUUCCCAACAUCCUCGGCCACAUUGGAUACACCCCGAUGGUCCGCUUGAACAAAAUCCAAAAGGAGUUUGGGCUGAAGUGUGAGAUUUUGGCAAAGUGCGAGUUCUUCAAUGCAGGAGGCAGCAUUAAAGACAGGAUCGCCCUGAGGAUGGUGGAGGACGCUGAGAGAGCUGGGAUCCUCAAACCAGGAGACACCAUCAUUGAGCCCACCUCUGGAAACACAGGCAUAGGCCUCGCUCUCAUAGCCGCUGUCAAAGGGUACCGCUGCAUUAUUGCCAUGCCCGAGAAGAUGAGUAUGGAGAAGGUGGAUGUGCUGAGGGCUCUGGGGGCCGACAUCGUGCGCACACCUACGUCUGCUGCUUUUGACUCACCAGAAUCUCACAUACGCACAGCCUGGCGUCUGAAGAACGAGAUCCCCAACUCACACAUCCUCGACCAGUAUCGGAACGCCAGCAACCCCCUGGCCCACUACGAUACCACCGCUGAGGAGAUCCUGGAGCAGUGUGACGGAAAAUUGGACAUGCUGGUGGCCGGGGCGGGCACAGGUGGCACGCUCACGGGUGUUGCUCGAAAACUGAGAGAGAAGUGCCCCAAUGUCAAGAUAGUUGCUGUGGAUCCUGAAGGCUCUGUUCUGUUAGACUCAGAAGAAAGCAAUGAACAUGCUCAUUUUGAGGUGGAGGGCAUUGGUUAUGACUUCGUCCCCACUGUAUUGGACAGAUCUGUUGUGGACAUGUGGUACAAGUCCACCGACAUGGAAACAUUCAACAUGUCACGCAAACUCAUCAGAGAGGAAGGCCUUCUCUGUGGUGGCAGCUCUGGUUCAGCCAUGGCGGCGGCGGUGAAGAUGGCCCAGCAGCUGGAGGAGGGGCAGCGCUGUGUGGUCAUUCUGGCUGACUCUGUGCGCAACUAUAUGUCAAAGUUCCUGAGUGACCACUGGAUGCGUGAGAAGGGCUUCCUCCUCCCCGAAGCCCAGAUGGACCUCAAACCCUGGUGGUGGAACCUGACGGUGCAGAGUUUAAACCUGCCCCCCCCACUCACUCUAGCACCAUCUCUGUCCUGCCGGAAUACUAUUGCGAUCCUUCGAGAGAAGGCCUUCGACCAGGCCCCAGUCAUCCACGAUUCAGGCACAAUCUUGGGGAUGGUGACACUUGCGAGCAUUCUGUCGUCCGUGCACGAGGGGAAGGUCUGUGUUUCGGAUCCUGUGAGCAAAGUUAUCCACAAAGACUUCAAGCAGGUGCACCUGACAGACAACCUGGGGAAGCUAUCCUGUAUCCUCAGUGCGCACAACUUUGCCCUGGUGGUGCACGAUCACACCCAGUAUGAGGCUGAUGGGUCAGUUUGCCAGAGGAAGACGGUGUUUGGAGUCGCGUCAGCCAUCGACCUUCUCAACUACAUCACCGCAAACGAGGGGCAAGCCUGCCCCCCACCCAAAUGCUCACCGUCCAACAGCGUCUCCCUCGUUCCCGUUUAGGACGUUGACAUCAGCUCCCGCUCACCAAGAGACGGAGCAUGAUCCCCUGCUGUUCAGCCUCACGUCCUCUUAGAAAGAAACCUACUCUUUGACAAUGAGCCCUAUGAAGAUUUUAGUUCUGUGAUAUGUUUCUUCAUCUCAAUGAAUCGUCCCCAGUCAUUCCGUUUGUCAUGCAGCAUUAAACGGGCAUUUUUUAGCCUUUUUUUAAAAGGUGCACCUACUUAUGGGGGAAGAGUUUUCAAUCCUACUUCCUCAGCACUGACUCAGGUCUUUAAUAUAAAAAAGUCAUAUAUAGCUUUUAUUAACAAUAAGGGAAAAGUCUAAACAUUUUAAUAUAUCUAAGAUACUUGAGUAGUUAGCAAUGAAUAAGGAUAAUGGCAGGUGAUAAACGCUGUCAAACUAGUCAUUCUAAACACUUUAAUGAUAAUGUAUUUGUGCCUUAGAUCUAAUGGAUCUUCUGUAUUUUUUCAAACGUUGUUGGGCUUUCAGGUAUUGUUAGUCAGUUGAAUGAUUUGUGUCUGAUGUCUGUCCUCUGGUUACCUGGAAUUCGUGUUUGUUUUGUUCAAAUAAUAGCCUGUGAAGAAUAUAUCUGACCGAAAAGUACAUUUUUAACUAAUCCUAAACUAACCAUGUCAUAGAAUUUAGUAUAUUUCAUUGUAAUUCUAUACACAAGAACCUCAGUUUAAAAAUAAAUUUGAAUUUAGAAAUAAUUUAAAAAUAAAUGAGCACAUCUUUCAAUCAAGAUGCCUGAUAGUUUGGGUUAUGUCUUGUCUUUUCUGCCCAUGUUUCGCAAGUUUCCUGGUUUGGUUGAGUUCAUAUUCAAGCGUGUGCUGCUGCUCUGUAAAUGUAAGUGCCUCCAUCUAGUGUCUAAAAAAAAAAGA